GUGGCAUAGCAGAUACUUUUUAUUGCAGUGUGCUGUGUUCCUGACGUGCGUCCACUCUUUCCUCCAUUUUCCCUCACUCUUGGGAAAAAUGGAAGUCUGGAAGCGCCCGACGAGAACUAGACGAGGAAAUCUAAACCAUCAGAAAAGGAAAACCGUCACCAGAGGCUGGAUCAGAAAACUAGAAGAUAGGAGCGAGGGUGGGACUGGUGUACACUGGGUACCGCGGGAAGGCCUUAUCCGGGGUGAACCCAAGGGGAGCUUGGGACCAACCAGGAGUUCCCGUUACGAAGGCGACAGCCCGCGAGCCGCACCUCCCCUUCCCCCACUCCGGCCCCAGCCGGGCCUCAGCUCCGGCGCCGCCACCGCCCCUGUUUUGUUUCCAUGGCGACAGGCAGCGCGAAGCCGGCUCCAAACAUAACGCGCUGUGGAAAACAUGCGGCUCGGGGGACCCCCCCGCAACGUCCGCUCGGGGCAGAGAUUUGAGAGGUCCCGGUGUAGUCGAGGCCAUGUGCAGUUUGGCAAGAGCCCCCAAAGGCCGUUAAGCCGCACCAGAUGCCCCUCUCCCAAGCCCUGCUUGUCUCCGGCGGUUCGUGGCUAUGCUCGGCAGAGGCACCGUGAAUCUCCCAAGCGCGCCUGGACCGCAGCCCUGCUGCCUUACGGGGGCCGCCUCAGGGCGAGCCCUCGGCGCUCCUCAGAAGGGCAAUGCUCCACCUCCUCCAGUACAGUCUCUUCUCCAGCCGCGAAAAGCCACGCCUCCCUAGACCUCAAACUCCGACUGGCUACACAGGCAGAGGCCAGGGGCUGUUCCUCCUGGCGAGAGAAGGCGGACGCUUAUGAGAGGGUGCUUCCGGGUCAGAGAAUGUGCAAGAUGGCGGCGCCCAUGGAGCUAUUCUGCUGGUCUGGGGGCUGGGGAUUGCCGUCGGUGGACCUGGAUAGUCUGACCGUGCUGACCUAUACCAGAUUUACAUGUGCUCCACUGAAGGUACACAAGCUCAACAAUCCUUGGCAGAGCCCUUCAGGUAUACAGUCCCUGUAGGGAAGGGGAUGUGCAAGGGGGGGAACAGGAGGCAGGAAUGUAAGGCAAAUCAGUAUGACUAGGCAAGCUAGAUCUUUUCAAUAUCUUUCAAUAUUAGGGACUCUGCCUGCUCUUCGAACCAGUUGUGGAAAAGUCAUCACAGUACCACAGAAGAUCAUCACCCACCUUCGUAAAGAGAAGUAUAAUGCUGACUACGAUCUGUCAGCUCGACAAGGAGCAGAUACCUUAGCCUUCAUUUCUCUGCUGGAGGAGAAACUACUCCCUAUGCUAAUCCAUACUUUUUGGAUAGAUGCCAAGAACUAUGUGGAAGUGACCCGAAAGUGGUAUGCAGAGGUUAUGCCCUUUCCCCUCAACUUCUUCAUGCCUGGCCGCAUGCAACGCCGGCACAUGAAGCGGCUGCAGCUACUGUAUGGCGAGCACAGAUUGGAGAGCGAGGAGGAACUAGAAAAAGAGCUGUAUCAGGAGGCUCGGGAGUGCCUAACCCUUCUCUCUCAUCGUCUGGGCUCUCGGAAGUUCUUCUUUGGAGAUGCCCCUGCCUCCCUGGACGCCUUUGUUUUUAGCCAUUUGGUCCUGCUGCUGCAGGCAAAGCUGCCCAAUGGGAAGCUGCAGGCCCACCUUCGGGGGCUGCAGAACCUCUGUGUCUACUGCACCCACAUCCUCAACCUCUACUUUCCCCGGGAUGCAACUGACGUGCCGCCACCUCCAUGCCAGACACCAGCAGGCCCUGAGACCGAGGAGGAGCCAUACCGGCGGCGGACCCAGAUUCUAUCUGUGCUGGCAGGGCUGGCAGCCAUGGUGGGCUAUGCCUUGCUCAGUGGCAUUGUUUCCAUCCAGCGUGCAAGCCCUGCUCGGGCCCCGUGCACACGGUCCUUGGACUUGGCUGAGGAGGAUGAAGAGGACUGAUGUUCUUGUUCCCAGGACUGAUUUUUCUAUUCAUGCAUUCCAAAUGCCCCUUUGUCCCCCCAUUGUUGGAGCAGCCAAAAAUGGGGUGCUAUCCUCAGAAUAAAAUUGUUUACACUA